AUGGAUGUCACCGAGGACACCAUUCCGGAGCUACAGCCCAUCUUCACGUUCCUCAACAGCCAUGCGAACAAGCUAUACCAGGAGGGUUAUUUCCUAAAGCUUGACGACCAAAAUACACAGGGCCGUCCCAACCCAGAUCGCACCUGGACAGAAUGUUUCGCCCAGCUCGUCGGCACGGUCCUAUCCCUCUGGGAUGCCGCUGAGCUCGAUGCAGCUGGCGAAGACGGUGAAGUGCUGCCAAAAUUCAUUAACCUGACGGACGCCUCUAUCAAAAUGAUUGAAUCGCUUCCUACGAGGUCGAACGACGAACAACCCUUGCAGAACAUCCUCAGUAUCUCUACCGCAGGCAGGAACCGAUAUCUCCUCCACUUCAACUCCCACCAGUCACUCAUCCAAUGGACGGCCGGCAUUCGUCUAGCCAUGUACGAGCACUCUACUUUGCAGGAAGCCUAUACGGGCGCUCUAAUUGCCGGCAAGGGCAAGACCCUCAACAAUAUUAAUAUCGUCAUGGAAAGAGCGAAGUUCAAGACGGAAGAAUGGGUCAGGGUUCGAUUUGGCGCUGGAGUUCCUUGGCGGCGGUGCUGGUGUGUUAUCACACCGCCCGACGAGAAGGAAUAUCAGAAACAACUGAAGGAGCUGAAGAAGCGGUCGCCAUACGACCGCUCACCCGUGCCGAAUCUCAAGGGCGAUAUCAAGUUCUACGACACGAAAGUGGAGGGUAAGAAGCAGAAGAAAGCCAAGCCGAUCGCUUCGAUUACCGAUUCGUACUCUGCGUAUGCCAUUUACCCUCAGGCCAAGUCGCUCGUGGAUGCUUCGACGCUUCUCAAGAUUGAGGGCAAUAUCACCAUCCACUCGGAACCGCCUUCUUCAACGGAGGGAUUUGUUUUCAUCAUGCCGGAAAACCACCCCAUGGUUAGCGGUUUCGAAAUGCUUCUUCGUUUUCUCUUUCCGACGUGGGAUACCUUCAACCUCUACGGUCGUCCCGGGCGGCUUGUUGCCAGCGUCCUGGAUCCGAGGUCACUCAUGUUCGCCAUGCCCAAGAGCAAGAGAUACGGCUAUAUGGACAUUCAAGAUGUGUCCGGCUUAAUAUUGACCGAAGGGAGCUCCUCUUGGUCCGAGCGGGAGUGGCGAAAGCAACUCAAGGAACUCACCGGACAGAAGAUGAACUCGAUGGACGAUUCGCCCGAGCCCAAAUCGCACAGCAGGAACAACAGCAGGAGUAACAGUCGCCUCAGCAACCGCCUCAGCGCCGGGAACGGGUCGCCCAGCCAGCAACCAAAACCCCGCGUUGGAUUCGCCGACGAGGGGCCAUCAGCCAUGAAUACUGCCAACCCAUCGGGCCCUAACACGCACGGCUACGGCGCUUUCCGUCCGCAACCCGUAGGAGGGUUUGACAACGACCCGUAUAUGAACGCAAAUGGCCAACGCCAGCCCAUCGCCAUGAGGAGUAUCAUGCGUGAUAGGGCUGGAACCCUGGAAGGAAUGAGCUCAGACGACGAGCAGCUCUCUCGCAAUACCCCGCCUCCGCUCGAGACCCUGCGCAACCUGCAGACCCCAGAGCCGGUAUCCCAGCCUCCAGCAUUUAACCACGGACCCCGGUCCAGGCCGGUGAGCAAGCCAUACCACUCUCCUGAUCUUCGAAAGGCCAACAGCCGGCUUUCCAAUUCCACCUUGUCUCACAUGGUCAAGGCUGGCGGGCUCGCGCUCCCAAGCGGAGACCAUCCUGGCGGCCCUCAUUCCGAAGGGAGAAGGGACGGGGACAAUGCCGCGUUCGCGCAACCAUCGGUACAUCCUCACGCCAGCCCUAUAGGAGCCAAUGCUAACGAGAACGGACCCAAUGAAGCUAUGAGGCCCCCCGGCUCCGCGCUCCCUGCGAUCCCGCUCUUGAAUCAACAAAUGUCUAGGCCCCAGCUAGCUCAGCCCGGGUAUGGCCCUCCGCCGAACCCUGGGCCCCACAGCCCCAUGCCUCCCAACUAUCAACAGGGCGGCCCAGGCGGCGGUCCUCUGCAGCCACCGUACAACAACUUUUCCCGCCCGGAUGGAGCCCGAACACCUCCCAUGGGCGGGCCUGGCCGUGUACCCACACCGGAGACGAGAGGUCGAGGUUACGGACAGCCACCGCCUCAGUUCCGGGAUCAGCGACCGCACACCACAACGGCCGACGCAUCAGCCGCCCGGGGAGGCCAGCUGGAGACGUCUCCGCCCAUUCAUCGCAAGCCAGUGGGCGGAAGGACACCGGCUUCGGAGCAACCAAUUCACCGCCAGUUCAGUGAGCGAAGCGUUGCGAGUAGUCGUUAUGAUGACGGUUCCUCCGUUACCAGCCCGGACUAUGCCAGCACUCAUAAGUCUAGCGAGACUCAGGAAUCGGUGGAUCGACCUCGGGCGGGCGUGCUGAAGACGGUUGGUAGCGAGCCUCCCGUGCCGCCAGUCCCGAACGCUGGUUACGACAUUCCGGAUGUCAACUUUGGUCCUACCAUGAAUUAUGGUGCCAGUCCGCGAAAGCAACCGGCUACACUGGUGAAUCCUGAUGGCCACCAACCUUACUCUCCUGCCAUGGCGGCUCGUCAUAACGCCGACGAUAUGGAUGACGCUGGGCGGGGGCUCCGGCAACCGGGAGCCGGCCAGGGCGGACACAACCGUACCCCGUCCAACCAAGCUUACAUGAGACGGUCGAAAACUCCGGAGCCGUUUGUGGGCCGGCGACGCUCUUCGCAGGAUCUCUUGACGCAUCUGAGGCGUAACUCGGCUGACCUGCUUCAGCGGCCAGGCUCUCGAGGUGCCAACCACGCUCUAGACAUUGGAAGCUCGGGGGAGAUGGCGUCUCACUUAUCGGCACGAGAACAGGAGCAGAUCGCACGGAUGACGGGCGCGCCCCUUGUCAACGUGGCCGGGGGAGGCGGUGGCACUAGGCCCCAGUCUCCCGGCGGUGGGCUGCUCGGUACAAUCGAGGCUCGAGAGCGAGAGAGGCAGCACAUGAAGCAAGGACUCAACAACCAAGCCGUCCAGCACGCAGCUCAUCCACAGCAACAGCAGAUGCACCAACAGCCCCCGUUCCCGCAGCAAGGGUAUUCGCAGCCGAUCUACGCUCAACCAGGCUGGCAGCCGAAUAACAUGGGUCGCGGCGGCGGGCCAGGCCCGUACGGGCUCCCUCGGCCGCAACAGCAACCGCCGUAUGGUGGGGCGCCCAUGCCACCGCAGCAAGGCGGUGGGUACAGGCCGAUGCCUGCUCCUCCGGGCCGCAUGCGACAGGGACCGCCACCGCCUUUGGGCCCCAUGCCGCCACUACCUCACGGCCAGUUCGGUGGGGGGUCUCGCCCCCAGUCGCCGGCAAGUCCCUAUGGUCCGCGACCUCAACCAGGCUAUCGCCCUCCACAUCAAGGCCAUGCGUUCUAG